UUCCACCCCCGCGGCUCGGCCCUCGCUGCCCUACCAGUCGCUGGGUCGUCCCACCACUACUCCCGGCGCCGCACGCUCUCCUUCCACCCCCUUUUCCUUACCAUUCACCUUUCUUUCUGCCUGUUUGGUCCCUCCCCACUCUGGCCUCUCCUCUCCCCACUGUAUCUCGCCCUUUCCUUGCUGAACUCUCUUUCACACGCACGCUUUCGCCUCUUCUUCUUCUCUUUCUUCCCAACUCCUCCCUCAUUCUGUCUUUCCUUAUCCACCCAGAGUCCCCGUUUCCACCAUCCCUCCACCUGACACUCUUGUGGGUUUUAUGCCUCCCUGCUUCCCAGGCUGUGAGCUUUGCCCUUCAUUCCUCGCCCUCCUCCAUCCGCUGUCCUGAUCUGAACUCCUCACUUUGCCACACUCCCUCACCCUUAUCCCUCUGGGCCUAUCCUCUUUCACUGUCCUCUCCUAGGAUAGAGUGGGUGGGGCCUGGAGUCUCCUGUUUACAUCUUUGGGAAUAACUCACAUCUCUACUUCUGGGGGGGUGGGGAGAGUUGGUGAAGAGAUUACGAAGAGAUUUAUGCCAGCCGAAGAGUAUGAUGGGUGACUCUUACCUACAGUUAUCAUCUCCACCUGGGAUAACAAGAUGGCCUGGCCUCAGGACCCUGGCAUGCUGUCCAGUAAUCUUUCAGCACCAUCUUUGCAGAGGAUUUGGGAAUCUGUUUGUAUUCUGAAGCCAGUGGAGAACCUUAAAUGGUGUAUCUUGGCCUGAGAACAAGUUUUGAUCUAAAUUAGUGGUGGAGGAAGUUUUAAUGUGUGUUUUAUGUUCAGGUUCAAUAAAACCUUUGAUCCCCCCGUCCUCCCUUCUUGGUGAUGGCACCAGGGAUGAGAUGAUUUUGUGCAUGGGGUUGCCCUUACUGCCUUAUAUUUAGAUUUUGAAAUGUUUUGAAUUAAAGAAAGCCUUUUCCUUAGCUUUUUUUUUUUUUUCUAGAAAUUGCUCUGUUGAGUUGUAGUUUUUCAGAAACCAUCUCUUACCCCGGCACUGCCUUGAUUUUGUUCAUUCACUGCACCUGCAUUUCCAUCUUAGGUACAGGAAGAAGGAAUGGAAUCGGAAGGAAGAAAAUUCAUUUCAGAGGCAAAAUAGCUCCCCUCCUCUGUUAUAGCUGUUCCCCUGGCAAUACAAACUUUCUGCUUUCAUUUCUUUUUAGUGUAUGGCUGCAAGCUUAAAAGAGGACCCUUGUAGAACAGAACUGUGCACAACUCUCAACCCAAUAUUCCUUAUAUUUUCUGGCGUCGCACAAUGAAAAAAACAGUGGAUGACUUAUUAGAAGCAUGUCUCUCCAAAGAGGAAAAGCAUCAAGGGUUCCGCAGCAUUCCAGACCUCAAGCACUGGUUCAGGAUGGGAAAAAGACGCUGCGUCCCCCCACUGGAGCCCAAGCUGGCAGCAGGCUGUUGUGGGGUUAAGAAGCCUAAGCUGUCUGCAGGUGGGACGCACGGUCACGGGAGCCAGUCCACAGCCGUCCCCGGCUCCAGCGCGGGGCCUCUUCAGAACCACCAGCAUGUGGACGGCGGCGGUGGUCGCGAGAACGUGUCGGACUUAACUCUGGGACCUGGAAACCCUCCCAUCACACGGAUGAACCCCGCAUCGGGAGCGCUGAGCCCUCUCCCCAGGCCCAAUGGAACUGCCAGCACCACCAAGAAUCUGGUGGUGACCGCAGAGAUGUGCUGCUACUGCUUCGACGUCCUCUACUGUCACCUCUACGGCUUCCCACAGCCACGCCUUCCUAGAUUCACCAAUGACCCCUAUCCGCUCUUUGUGACGUGGAAGACGGGGCGGGACAAGCGGCUUCGUGGCUGCAUUGGGACCUUCUCAGCCAUGAAUCUUCAUUCAGGACUCAGGGAAUACACGCUAACCAGUGCACUUAAGGACAGCCGAUUCCCCCCCCUGACCCGAGAGGAGCUGCCUAAGCUUUUCUGCUCUGUCUCCCUCCUUACUAACUUUGAGGAUGCCGGUGAUUACCUGGACUGGGAGGUUGGGGUCCAUGGGAUUCGAAUUGAAUUCGUCAAUGAAAAAGGCGUCAAACGUACAGCCACAUAUUUACCUGAGGUCGCAAAGGAACAAGACUGGGAUCAGAUCCAGACGAUAGAUUCCUUGCUCAGGAAAGGUGGCUUUAAGGCUCCAAUUACCAGUGAAUUCAGAAAAACCAUCAAACUCACCAGGUACCGAAGUGAGAAGGUGACAAUCAGUUAUGCAGAAUAUAUUGCUUCUCGACAGCACUGUUUCCAGAAUGGCGCUCUUCAUGCCCCGCCCCUCUACAAUCAUUACUCCUGACACACGGCUGCAUGACCAGUCCCACCCCCCCGUGGCCACCAAUGGCUAUGACAUCAUUGGAGCAGAUGCCUCCUCUUCCUGGUCCAGUUACUUUUAUUACUGCACCAUUUUAUGAUGCUAGCUUCCGUUGCCAAGUCUGCCUCCAGCUGACUGAGGGGGGCGGGGUUACAUCGAAUGAAACAGAACUUGAGGGGCCCAAGCCUUAUCUCAGCCUUUCCUCAGUAUGGGGUUCCGUUGGAUUGGGGCUCCUCCAUGACUAGUGAGAAUUCCGUGUGGGUUCAGAAGACCUUGGCUGCAGGUGCCGCUGGUGAUUUGCUGCCCGUGUGUUGGCCACUCAGUGGAAGCUGGAAUUGAUGGUCCAUGAAGGCUUAGCCCACACACACCCCUGCAGCCUCCCCAGAUCGAGUAGGUGUAUUCCCCCUGGCAGUCUGGGCAACGGAGACCAACAAGAAACGUUUUUAGGUUGUUUUAAAUUCCUUUUUUUAAACUUCCAGCGUAUAGCGUACCACGAGUUGAUCUCAACCUCCAUGCUUCGUAAGUGGACGCCAUGUUAGGGUCGAACGUGGGCACCACGAGUCGUUUGCGGCUCCUGGACAGAGACCCACCUCAAGAUCGGAAGCCCUUUGGAUGGCGUUGCAGAUCUCAUUGCUCAGUUAGCCUCAAAGGUUUUAAUUCUCAUCCCACUAUCAGUUGGAUUUUCUGGCACUCUUCCUGCAUUGAGUCUCCUGGUAUUGAACAGAGCGCUGUGGUGUAGCCUGCAGAGGAAUGGACUGGGAUGCCCGCGGGAGGUCCUGACGGCAUCGCUGCGUGCAGUGUCGAGGGAGAGACCUCUUCCUUACCACCCGGCUACCUCACUCCUCUACUGGUGGCAGUGCCUAUAGCUGGAUCUAGGUUCUCAGAGGGCGGAGGUGUUCAGACAAGCACUUGGGUCGGGCUCUAGAAGGGCACGUCGGCACAGGAGAGAAUCCAGGGUCUCUAAGCUGUUUUUCUGUUCAGGCAAACAUCCUGAGAGACCUUUAAGCAGAGGAGUUCCUUUUUCUAGUUUGCCUGUAGAAGUGGGAAAACUGUUGCUGUUACAGUCCUUACAGGACUUUAGAACAAAGCUGUGUCAUUAAACAAGGUGAAUCUUUAUCUUGCCUAACAUGCCGGGAAUCUUCACCCCACCAUGGCAGAGUUCCAAAUAGCUCAUUUUAUUCUAGGUCAUUCAUACUCUCAUGUGGCAUAUUUCCCUUUCUCGUUGUUGCUGAUUCCAAAUACCUGUCAGCAAGUUUCUCCUCCCUCUUGCCUGUUCUUCACUCAUAUGGUGGCAAAGUUCAUAGAAGCUGGGGACUUGGAAGACGCUUUGAAAACAUGGUCACAGAGGCACUGCUGAAAUGAUUCACAGGAAGAGGUGGCCACUUGGAAGAAAGGACCCUACGGGUGAUACACUGGUUUUCAGCAACGUGUUUAGAGAACUCUUGACGCGGAUUGGGUGUCAACCCAGUGAACACAAUGUCUUGAUUUAAUUUAUUUUUAAUGUUUAUGUGGUAGUGGUGUGGCUUUCCGAAAAUGGGCAGAUGUUCAAGUCAGAGGGUCUUUGGGGUUUGCUUCUGCCAGGAACGGGGGAGGGGGAGCAGAGGCACAAUCUGAGGAACGACACACGUGCCAUUCUAGGCAUAGUUGUCUCGUUUCUUGAAGAGAUGGGUAAGGGUGAGCAGGUGAGCUCGGCACCGUCCUCUGCUGUUGGCGAGGGUGUGGAACGGGCAAGGGAAGCGCCGGCUGACGUCUGGAUGCGCGGGCUGGGCUCCUGCACGCCGCCGCCUUCCCCUCGCGGUGUUCGUGAAAACAGGCUCCCAAAGAGGAAGGGAUUGUUUCGUGAUUUCCUGCUGCUGAGAAUAAUAAAUGUCUUGUUGCAAAUAAAUGUGACGGCAGUUACUCUUAGGUGCCAUGGAUCGAUGUCAGGGUGGUCAGCAGCUCUGGACUAAACCGCCCACCUCCAAUUUGUACAACAGUAUUGAUACAUAGGGCUACACUCAUUCCUGUUCAAGUCUUCUAUGUUGAAAGUUGUGUUUAAUUUCUAAAGUUUAAAAAAAGCAAAAAAAAUGGUGCUAAACUUUCACCCCUGAGCACGCUCAGUGAGACUGGUCAUGCAAGCAUUUUCAGUGCCAUGCUCUUUCAAGCCUAUUUUUUCUCGUAGAAAUGUUGCCCUAUUUGUCUUCCCCAACGUAUAGUAUGUUUUUUAUUUUAUUGAGGGUGGGGUAGGAUACCUGCCAUUUAAGAAAAUGAACAGAAGAUUUUAAAACCCAGGAAAUGGGGGGGGGGGCGGAAAUCAGUGCACAAGAAUUGGGGCUCCUGAAGCCCAGCGCCACACUGACGAGGGCUCCGUGGGCUCUCUUCACUUUCUGGAGUGAAGAAGCCUGACUCCCUGCACAUUCCCUCACGCCCCCAUCCAGGCCCAGCAGUGGAGAUGCUCGAGGUCCUCUUGCCUUGGCGAGGGGACUCAGGAGUCGACCGAGGAAAACUGUUUGGCCCCGUGAGGAAUGGCACUGUCAGUGUCUGUCCCGAAUGGAGCCUAGUCAGGAAGUGGCCUGGAAGUAUACGGUCAAGGUCACCUCCUGAAGAUGUAUGGCAGGUGGCUCUCAGGAAAAAUACUAAGUCUGGAUCAUCCACGUGGCAGCUUUGCGUAGGGAGAUGACAGCUCCGAACUGGAACUGACCUGCCUUCCACGUGCUUGACCACAGCAGUGAUGAGGGCGGCCAGUCCGCGUAGUGGGAGUGGUGGGUUUGAAGAGAAGGGAAGGUUUUUCUGCUCGGUGUUUCCUUCGUCCUUGGGCUGCUCAAGCUGAACAGUAACCACUGUUUUCAAGGAACCAGCUCCACCUUGGCUGGUUUGGUUCGGAGUUCGUUUCAUCCCUAGCUGUGAGUGCCUUUUGGUCUGGAAGGUUGGCUUGUCUCAUAAUACCCACAGCUAGGACAUUCUCUGUAAUUUCGAAUUGUCCUUGUUCUCCAUUAACUAAAAGAGAAUGUCUGAUCACUAGAGUUCGUCGGUGUUGGAUUGUUUCCACUGUGAGGUUCUUAAACUUUUUCGCUUCAUGAUAUUAAAAAGCAACUCAUGUUAGAGACCCUUUCAACAUGAAAGGUUUGUAGUUGAGACAUUACAUAUAUUUUAUUGUUUAUAAUAAAUAUCAUCUGUACAAAAGUCCUGGGUGUUAAUUUUAAUAUUUGCACAAGAUGUUUUCCAUGAUAUGUUAACACCUAAAAUUUCACUAACUGUUGAUGUUAUUUUCUAUUGAGAUUCUGGAGCCUAGGGAGCUAUUUGUUCUUUUUGUUUAUUUUCAUUCUUAUUUCCCUGAAGCAAGAGACUUUGUAUGGCCUUCAGUGCAAAGACUUUAGACCAAUUCUUUGUAUUACACUUGGUUGCCUCUUGGCUAUAUAACUUCUGAGUGCAAAUCAUUGAACUCUUUAACAAAGUAUUGUAGAGAAUAAAUCAUAAUGGGUAAAAAUUG